CAGGUGAUCCACCUGCCUCGGCCCCCCAAAGUGUUGGGAUUACAUGAGCCACCAUGCCUGGCCAGUAAUCUGCAAAUUUGAAUGGCAAAUGAGAGCAAGCUCUGCACCUCCACUUUCUCCCAAAAAAGGCCUUUGUGGGAAUUUAGCAGUCACCAAGCCACAAUCCAAGAGCCAUGCCCAACACAUGCACUGCCACAUGCACCAUGGAGAAGAAAGACUGAUGUGAUUAUGACCUACCCUGGGACGCAGCUGUUGGGGAAAGAGGGAGAUUAUCACUCAUUUUUACAGACUCCCACUAACCUCAUUUGUCAAAUAAAUGCUCAUUUCAACAUUCUGGGUGUAAUCAUUGUGGUUAUUUCAAUGCACACAGUCGGGUAAUUUAUAGGAGAGGAACAAAUAACCUGUUUCAACUGCUGAAAUUGGCUUAUCUCCAACCCAUAGCUCUAGUUCUGAAGGCAAAUAAGAGACAAAUCAAGUAUAACAAGGCAUGUUUUCUUAAAUCGUACUGUAUGUAUACAUCAGGUAGAAAUCCACACCUAUACUGAUUUCCAAGAAAGAGGAGCCCCAGUUUCCUCACUCUCUCAGGUGGUUUAUCUGCUAUGUCUUAGUAGGUGGCUUUUUCUAGCAAAAUCUUGAUUAGACAGCAUCUUCUUUGAGCCAGGGUCAUGCUUUAAGGGGUGUUUUCUUUUUUAAAAAAAACUUUCAUUUUAGUUUCAGGGGCGCAUGUGCAGGUUUGUUAUACAGGUAAACCCAUGUCAUGAGGGUUUGUUGUACAGAUUAUUUCAUCACCCAGGUACUAAGCCUAUUACCCAAUAGUUAUUUUAGGGGGUGUUUGUAUAUUCGCACAGUUGUUUUUCUUUCAUUCUAGACACCAGAUGGUAUUUUGUCUAGAGUAGGACAUAGAUUACUCUAAUUAUGUAGAUUGAAAAAAUUGUGAUUAUUAACUUUGACUUUGAAUACAACUCACAGUAUAUGGGACUUGUGGUUUUUAUACUUGUUAUUGCAUCUUUUAUUUUUAGUUUCUUCAGUGUAACUACAAACUCAAAUGUUCUUUAAUCGCUAUCUCCUGACUGACUUGUUUUCUGUGUUUGUCACAGUUAAGCCAUGCCUGUCAAUGGAGUCUUCUUCUCAAUUAGCCUUUAUAUGACUUACAGAGCAUUUCUGAAAACAUCAGUGACGUUUUCAGAUAGGGCUAUCUUGCUUCUUGUGUCACAAAAUCUAGUUCUCUAGCCAUCUUCAACUCCCUGGGCUAGAAGUAGUUCCUUUUCAUGAAGAAAAGUACCGAGCCUCCCCCAUCUUGGGUGGCAGACCAGCAUGUUCCUUUUGAUUCUGUAUGAUUUCUUGAUUGAACUAGAAAGAUUACAGAACAGUGCUGGGUUUUUCAGGAUUAGAAUAGAAAUGAUUCAUAAGUUCAUAUAUGAAUGUAACAUUUUCUCUAAUUUUAAGGAGGUACUUUCUUUUCUUGCUCUGAUACUUGUUUCACAGUCAAGCCUUACUCAUUUUCUCCUUUUGUGUGCUGCUAGUGGGACUGCCAACUAAGUUAGCACUAAUUCAUUUAACAAAUAGUUAUGGAAGACCUACUAUUAUGCAGGCCCUUUAUGUCCUGUGAAUUGGAAAUAUACCAAUCAACAACAACAAAAAAGUCACUUAUGUGGUUGUUAAGAGAGUUGCUGACCAAUUUGCCAGUCAGCAUCAAUACUGGCUGAAUAGAAACACAUUGUCAGAGAACAAGGCAGGCAAAAUCCUGUCCUGUCCUCAGAGAAUCAUAGAUUUGCAGCUUUUGCGUAGAAAGAUUUUUGCCUGGAUUUGGGAGUCACUGUAAGACAUACAUCAAGAGCCUCUCAGUGAGUGCCAGCAAUGUAUUCCAGACCAAUUAAGUAAUAAAAAUCCCUGAGGGUGGCCCACAGGCAUCAAUGGUUUUUUACAGCUCCCACAUUAACUGCAAUGUGCAGUAAAGGUUGAAAACCAUUGUAUUAGAGUUCAAAAUAAUACAAAUAAAUUAUGUAAUAUAUUUUACUGUGGAUAUAUUUUUAUGAGACAAAGGAUUUUACCAAAGGAAGAAUUAAUGAAAAGAAUUUCCCUCCUACUCUCCGUCUUAUUUUUUUUGCUAUUUUCCAUCUUUUUUACUAUGUUUUUCAUUUCAGUUGAUAAGAGCUUAUUCGGAAUCAAAUAGCCAGGAAGGCAUUGGAAACCAAGCUCAAAAGUUCAGUAAAACAGCUCAGAUAGAGGAAUAAUUUUGGUUUGUUUGCAUACGCUUUUACAUAAUUGUGUAAAAUCAUCUCCCUUUUUGUCUAUUUCUUUAAGAAAUCCUAAAAGCUUCAAGACCCAAGCCAACUGUCAUUAUCUUCAUGAAACUAGAAUUAGUUAUUGGCCAUAGAUUUUAUAACACCCUCCUCUGUGCUGUAAUUACAUUUUGAUCAAACUUUGAUUACAUUCAGUAGUAAAAGCACAUUUAAUGUUGCUUUUUUUCACUACUCUGUGAGCUUUUUGAUGCUUCUUUUUAUUACACUUAAUUCAUCCAAAGUAGAAUCGGAAAUAUGAUGGAGUUUAAUGAAACAAAUGAAUAAUACACAUAUUAUAGAGGUUAUUUUUAGAUAGUUCUUUUAAAAUUAAAAUAUUCAAAUCCAAAUGGUAUUGACUUUCAGUUGAGGAGGAAAUUACAAAUCAGUGGAAAGAAAUCUGUUGGGUAUUUGCAUACCUGACUUCGCCCUUCUAGAUGUCCUCACAAAUUGGAAACUGCUGACAGUACCAAUGAUAAGUUGGCCCAUUUACUAUAUUUACUGUUUAACUUGUAAGUCAGUAGCUGAUUAAAAAUAAUGUUAAAGUUUUUUUUUUUUUUAAUUAAGAUAUGUGAGACUGGAUCUUCUUGCACAUAUUUCAGGCCUACUAGUGAGAUGAAUAUUAAAAAAAACAGAAAGAUAUUUUGUGAAGAUAAGUGAGAUGGCAUCAAACAGAAGAUCAUUCUGAGUUACUGUAAACAUUUUAAAUAUAAAUCUGAAAAUCAUCAAGUUGGAUAUUACUCUGCAACAUUUUGACAGCAAAAGUAUCAGUGAAACAUAGUAUUAGCUUUCCGGAUUUGCUUCUACAGAAAUGCCACCUGGAAUUGGAAAUACCUUUCUGAUAGUAAUGAUGGGAGAAUUCAUAAUCUGAAUGUUAGGGAAUGGGUUCAUUGUACUAGUUAACUGCAUUAACUGGUGAGGAGUCAAAUGAUCUUAUCAGCCGACUGCAUCCUCACCAGCCUUGCUAUCUCCAGAAUCAGUCAACUUUGGAUAAUACUACUUGAUUCAUUUUUAAUAGCAUUAUGGCCACAUCUAUAUGCCUUCAACAAACUAGUAAAAUUUAUUGGUAUUUUGGGGGCACUGACCAAUCACUUAGUUACCUGGCUUGCUGCCGGUCUUAGUGUUUUCUACUUCUUUAAAAUAGUCAAUUUUUGCCACCCCUGCUUCAUCUGGCUGAGAUGGAGAAUUAGCAGAGUGCUACUUAUACUCCCACUGGGGUCUUUGUUCCUACGGGUUUUCAACCUUGCAUUAACAGGUGGACUUAGUGACUUAUGGAUUAACAGCUACACAACUUAUGAAAGAAACUCAAGUUGGUCUUUAGAUGUAAGGAAAAUUCUAUAUUGUAAUGUCUGGAUUCUUGCCAGUUUGACCUACUUAAUUUCCUUUCUUCUGUCCCUGAUCUCGCCGCUCCUUUUAAUUCUGUCCUUGAUAAAACGUAUCAGGAGUUUGCAGCUCAACACCAUGGGUCCAAGGAAUCUCAGAAUGAAGGCCCAUAAGAGGGCCGUGAAAAUGAAAAUGAAAAUGAAAAUGAUGGUGUCUUUCCUCCUCUUCUUUUUGGUUCACUUUGCUUCUCUCCUACUAACAGGUUGGAUUUUCCUUGUACAGCAGAAAUAGCAGGUCAAUUUCUUUGUCUUGUUGACAUCAAUUAUUUUUCCUUCAAAUCACUCAUUUGUCCUAAUUUUGGAAAACCACAAGCUGAGAGAGACUGCUGUGGAACUACUGUGGCAUCUUAAGUGCUACCUAAAACGAGUGAAAGCUUUAGUUUCGUAGACUUUUCCAGAUUUUUCUAUAUUCCAGAGGAAUUAAUGAGAACACAUUGAAGAUGUAUUUUAGCAUGUGUUUUUCACCCGGAUUAUUUUAAGGUAUAAGUGAGCAUCACAAAAUUUCCCUAGAAUGGCCUAUAAAUGAACAAUUUACUCAUAAAGUCAGCCAAUGUAAUACUAGAUUUUUAAAAAAGUAAGUCUCAUUGUCAUUUUAAUAUUUGCUAGUAACAAGGAAAUAUUUGAGACUUAAUAUAAAUAUAAAAUAUAUAAUGCAACAUGUUUUAUUUUAUAUGUGCUGGCAAAUGUGUGAUGACAUUCAUAUGUGAGGAAAAAAAAAGUAGUAUUUGGAAAUGGUUCUAAAUACCAUUAGAGCCUAAUAUCUACUCCAAUUUUUAUAACACUAAGUAAAAGACAUUAAGAACUAAAAAUGUUGAAAGCAUAUAAUCGCAUAACAAUAGAUGUAACUUUUAAAACAAAAGAUAAUUCUCUCAUUAGGACCCUAGCUAGGAAUUCAAGCUAUCAUACUUUUGUAGGAUAAGUGCAAAAUCAACUGAACUUCUAAAAAGAAGUUGAAUACUUAUCCCUAUGUCCAUAAUGAUGCUUCUAUUUUUACUUUAUAGGAUCAAAACCACACUUUGACACAAGAUCUCUGUGUGUGUGCACAUGUGUAAUGAUAUAUUUUUGUCAUACCAUGAAUACUAGUGUGUCACAUCAGAGAAAACUAACACAACCAACUCACUAAGAAUAAGAACAUAAAGGAAAAUUUAUAAGAGAAUGUCACAUAUUUGCAUAUAUUUUAGGCAUGUUUGCAUUUCUGUAUAGUUCUAGGUUGACUUUUACAAUAAAAUAAUUUAAAGUAACUGAAAAUGUAUACAAUAUAUAAUCUUAAGGCCAGUACAGGCCUAUACAGACAUUUAGAUUUUUAAAACUUCAUUCAUUCUUAGAUACUGUAUAAUAAAUUUCCUAAUGAUUAUCAUGGACAUUAUCUUGCUUUAGAAAGGGCAACAUUAAAAUCACACUGGCUACAUUUAGGUUCAGAUCGUGAGGAUAAUUUGGUUUGGAAUUACUCCUUUCAGUAAACAAGUUAAAUUCCCUUCCCC